CCUCCUUCCUCCUCGGUUGUACUUGCACCGGGCAGCUAGCAGCGGCGUGGCGCAGCUUUGAACCUACGACCCCCGGGAAGCAGCUGUGUGCUUGAAAUAACCGAACUUGACUUCUCAAGCGGACGCGACCCUCAAGAAAUAUUCCAGCAACCAUGACUAGCUACCACAAACCCGAUGAGAAAACUCUGCAGGGGCUGAAAGAUGUCGCUAACAAGCUCAGGAUCAACUCCAUCAAGGCGACGUGCGCCUCUAACUCUGGUCACCCGACAUCAUGCUGCAGCGCAGCAGAGCUCAUGUCUGUGCUCUUCUUCCACACCAUGCGCUACAAAGCAGAUGACCCUCGCAACCAGUGCAAUGACCGCUUUGUGCUCUCAAAGGGUCAUGCUGCACCUGUCCUGUAUGCUGCCUGGGCAGAGGCAGGUUUCGUAAAGGAGUCUGAUCUGCUCAACCUGCGCAAGCUCGACUGUGACCUGGAGGGCCACCCCACACCAAAACUGGCUUUUGUUGAUGUGGCCACAGGAUCUCUGGGACAGGGUCUUGGGGCUGCCUGUGGGAUGGCCUACACUGGCAAACACUUUGACAAAUCAAGUUACCGUGUGUACUGCAUGAUGGGUGAUGGAGAGUGUUCAGAGGGCUCAGUGUGGGAGGCCAUGGCCUUUGCCUCCUACUACCAGCUGGACAACUUGGUGGCUAUCAUGGAUGUCAACCGGCUCGGUCAGAGUGAGGCUGCACCCCUGAAGCACGACAUGGAGACCUACCGCAAGCGCUGUGAAGCCUUCGGGUGGAACACGUAUGUUGUGGAUGGGCAUGAUGUGGAGGAGCUGUGCAAAGCUUUCUGGCAGGCCCAGCAGGUUAAGGGCAAACCCACUUGCAUUGUUGCCAAGACAUUCAAGGGCAAAGGACUCAAAAAUAUUGAGGAUCUUGAUAACUGGCAUGGAAAGCCCAUCCCUAAGGACAGGGUCGAUGACAUCCUGAAGGACUUGCAGGCUCAGAUCCAGGUCCCCAACAAGACCCUUUGCCCUGAGCUGCCCAAAGACGACACAGCACCUGCAGACCUAAGCACCAUCUCCCUGCCCUCACCCCCAGCAUACAAAAAGGGAGACAAGAUGGCAACAAGGCGUGCGUACGGUCUGGCACUGGCCAGGCUGGGGCAGUCAAGCCAGAGAGUGGUGGCCCUCGAUGGAGACACUAAAAACUCCACCUUCUCUGAGACCUUCAAGAAGGCCUUCCCUGACCGCUACAUUGAGUGCUUCAUCGCUGAACAGAACAUGGUGGGAGUGGCUAUUGGCUGUGCCACCCGUGACCGCACAGUUGCCUUUGCCAGCACAUUUGCGGCCUUCUUCUCAAGAGCCUAUGACCAGAUCCGUAUGGGAGCUAUCUCCCAGACAAAUGUCAACCUGGUAGGCUCCCACUGUGGUGUCUCCAUUGGCGAGGAUGGUCCCUCCCAGAUGGCCCUCGAGGACUUGGCCAUGUUCCGUGCUAUCCCAACCUGUACUGUGUUUUACCCCAGUGAUGCUGUGUCCACAGAGAGAGCUGUUGAGCUGUCAGCUAACACAAAGGGUAUCUGUUUCAUCCGUACCAGUAGACCAGACACUGCAGUCCUCUACUCCCCAGAGGAGAAGUUUGAAGUAGGCGUAGCCAAGGUGGUGCGCCAGUCUGACAGUGAUUGUGUGACUGUGAUUGGAGCUGGUGUCACUCUGCAUGAGGCCCUCGCUGCUGCUGAUACACUGGCCAGUGAAGGGAAGAACAUCCGUGUGAUUGACCCAUUCACCAUCAAGCCCCUGGAUGCCUCUACCAUCGUGGCCAGUGCCAGAGCCACACGGGGACAGAUUAUCACUGUGGAGGACCACUACAAGGAGGGUGGUCUUGGUGAAGCAGUGCUGUCAGCAGUGGGCCAGGAGCCUGGCAUCGUUGUGACCCGGCUCGCAGUGUCCGGUGUUCCUCGCAGCGGCAAGCCCCAAGAGUUGCUUGACCUGUUUGGCAUCAGCGCCAAGCACAUCGCCAACGCCGUGCGUCAGACCUUUGCAAACUAAGAACUGCACAUUAUCUCCCGCUUGCCACGCUGUUUGAUCACAACCAAAUUUCUGCCCAACUUGCAGCUAUAUGGCAUGAUCACGUGAAGACCUGUUAACUUCAGUGCUCAGGUGCCGUCUUGUGGCUUUGACUCAAGUGCAGUGUGCUAACCCUGUAUUGUUCUAACUACCACAGAUGGAGAGGGAUGGGAACAGGAGUGCAGUGUUGUCAAAACCUGUUGUAUUAAUAUUAUUUCCCCAUUUGCACCCUCUAGUACCCUCUGCUCCCGAUGGGGUUGAACACAUCAUCCUCUUGUAUCAUUUAUCAUGUUUUCAAAGUCGUGUCCUGAGAGUGGUUCAGACAAAGCAUCAUUGACUACUGUCAGUGAGGUUAUGUUGACGCUUCAUACCAGCAGCCACCCUGGUUCUGAUUUAUGAUGAACUGCCAGGCCACGACUUGUGCUCUGCAUUCCAGCCAUCAUUCCUCACAACCAUGCCUCAUGUCUUCUCUCUAAGAAGCACUGUUACUGUUUGUCAUGAACCUAAUAUACUAGAUGUUUUGUAGUUGCGUUCAGUCACAGCUUUUGAUUCCUAGCUGUGGUAGAGAACACUUUCUUCAGACCCAGUGUGAGAAGUUAAACCAGUUUAGUUAUGAAGUGUUUGAGCAUUCCUCUAAUCAUUCCUGUCCAUGUGGGCAUCACACAAUGUUACUGCCGUUCCAGGUCACUGGUGUCAUCCUGUCUGUGUUGUGCUGAAUAAAAGAAUUAACCCUA